AUGGAACUGAUUCCACUUCUUGAAACUUCUAUUGAAUCUAUUAGCAAAAGAAAUGACAAUCAUCUUGAAAGCUUUAGUCUUAUUUGGCUUAAUAAUAAUGAAAAUGUUGACAUACAAAAAGAAUUACGUAAUAUAAUUAAUCAUAUUGAAACAUUUCAUGAUGUUGAAGAAUGUAAAGAUUAUAUUGAAAAAACAUCAGAAAAUGAUCGAUUAGUUCUUGUUACAAAUGGUGAAUUCGGUCAACAAAUUAUUCCUUCAAUUCAUCAAUUAAGACAAAUCUCAUCAAUUUAUAUUAAUUCAGAAGAUAAACAAUGGACAAAUGAUUUUCCCAAAGUAAAAGGUAUUCAUGUUAAAAUGGAUGAACUGGUUUCACAAAUCCAUGAAGAUCAUAAAAAUCUUCGAAAAAUAGAGGAACCUGUAUGGAUGAAUAUGUUUACAACAAUACGUGAUGCAGGAAAGUCAACAACAGGAAUCAAUGGUCAAUUUGCAUUUUCUCAAUUAUUACUUGAUUGUCUUCUUCGAUUAAAAUCAAAUGAAAAUGAUCGAAACGAAUUAAUUUCAUGUUGCGAAAAAAGAGAAUAUGAAGGAAAUCAAAAUGAAUUAAAUCGUCUUCAUGAGUUUCAGAGAAGUUAUUCAUCGGAUAAUGUUUUAUGGUGGUAUACACGUGAAUCUUUCUUCUAUAAAACAUUAAAUGCGGCUUUAAGAAAACAAAAUAUUCAUAUGAUUUAUUUAUAUCGUUCAUUUAUUAGUGAUAUACAAAAUCAAUUACAAAAUCAUCAAUGUCAAUAUGCCACUCGUGUUUAUCGAAGUCAAUUAAUGUCAAUUGAUGAAUUAAAUUAUCUUAAAAAUAGUGUUGGACAAUAUGUUUCAGUGAAUUCAUUUCUUUCGACAAGUUUUGAAAAAGAAAUUGCAAGUUUUUAUCUUGGUGAUACAAAUCAUCGAUGGAUCGAUUUUGAAAAGGUUUUAUUUGAAAUUGAUGCUGAUCCAAAAGUUGUUACAACGAAACCAUUUGCUGAUAUUAGUCAAUUUAGUGAUUUUAGCGAUGAAUCAGAAGUUCUUUUUAUGCUUGGAUCGAUAUUUCGUUUGAAUUCAAUUAUUCGUGAUGAUCAAAAUCAGAUUUGGAUUAUUGAAAUGUGUUUAUGCAGUGAUGAUGAACAUAAUUUAAAACAAAUUCUUAUGGAUAUGAAAAAUGAAAUUGGAAAUGGUGAAACAAAUCUUUGUAUUUUAGGAAAAGUUGUACGAAGAAUGGGACAUCUCGAUUUAGCGAAGAAAUAUUAUUAUCGUUGUUUAGAGGAACUUUCACAAAAUGAUCCUUUACUUCUUACUGUUUAUAAAGAUUUGGCUAAAAUUGCUUCUCAAGAAAAAGAUUAUGAAGAAAAUCUUCGAUUGAGACACAUUUUAGCGAAAAUCAAAGAGAAAAUAAAAUUGAAUGAUAAUGAGAUUGAGACAAGUGAAAUAGAUAAAUUAACCUACAAUAACACAGUACAAAAACGAAAAUCAAAAAAUUAUAUUCGAAGUAAUUGGCAGUUAAAAUUGUUGAUAUGUAGUUUUAUUCUUAUUUUGAUGAUUGGAACUGGAAUAUUUACAAUACGAUAUAUGAUCACAAAAAAAUCAUCAAUAUCUUCAGAAAAACGGACACCGACCUGUACGGAUGGUAUUAAGAAUCAAGAUGAGACCGAUGUCGAUUGUGGCGGUGUAACUUGCUGGUUAAAAUGUUUACCUGAGCAAGGUUGUGCGUCAAGCUCAGACUGUGCGUGUAAACCAAACUACAACAAAUGGAAACAAAAUGCCAUUACCGUGGCUGGUGGAAAUGGAAAAGGACAAGAAUUAAAUCAACUCUAUAGCCCUUAUGGAAUCUUUAUUGAUAAAAACAAAAAUAUUUUCGUUGCUGAUUUUGAAAAUCAUCGUGUUAUUGAAUGGAAAUAUAAUGCAAAACAAGGACAAAUCAUUGCAGAUAAAAAUAACAGAGAAAAUCGAACGAGUCAACUGGGUACUCCAACAGAUGUGAUUGUUGAUCAACAAAAUCAUUCGAUCAUCAUUGCUGAUUAUAUGGAUAAACAAGUGAUUCAAUGGUUGGAUCAAAAUCUAGAAAUUCGCAUUCACAACAUUAAUUGUUUUGGCUUGGCAAUGGAUAAACAUGGAUUUCUUUAUGUUUCUAAUUGGGCGAAGAAUGAAGUGAGACGAUGGAAAAUGGGAGAAUACGAUAAAGGAAUUAUAGUGGCUGGUGGAAAUGGGCAAGGAGACCAACUCUAUCAACUCAAUUCUCCUACUUAUAUCUUUGUUGAUGAACAUCAAUCUGUUUAUGUAGUAGAUAGAGACAAUCAUCGUGUAGUGAAAUGGAGAAAAGAUGCAAAAGAAGGAACAAUUGUGGCUGGAGGAAAUCGUCAAGGAAGAAACCUCAAUCAAUUGUCUUCACCUGCAGGAGUAAUUGUUGAUGAUUUGGGUCAAAUAUAUGUGGCAGAUUCUCGGAAUAAUCGAGUAAUGCGUUGGUGUGAAGGAAAAGAAGAAGGUGAAAUUGUUGUUGGCGGAAAUGGUGAAGGAAAUCAAUCGAAUCAAUUGAAUUAUCCUCGUGAUUUAUCUUUUGAUAAUGAAAGAAAUCUUUAUGUUGCUGAUGAGUGGAAUCAUCGAAUUCAAAAAUUUGAAAUAAUAUUGUGA